UCAGGUGGAAAGUCAGCUGAUUGUACCACAAACAGGAAGGGACCUGCAGAGGAAAUCAUAGUUCAACAAACAAGGCAAAUAAUAAUACCAGCUCAGUUCUACUUAUGUUUUAUAUCAAAACCAAUCGCGAGCGAGUGGAAAAUUCAUAAACCAUGUUUGGCGGAGACGAUGAAGAUGGGGAUUUUUUGUCUCCCACUGGGGGAGCCAAGUUGGCUUCUUUGUUUGGAAUGGACCAGGCUGCCAGUCAUGGGAAUGAGUCGUUCCAGUACACAGCACCUAAACAGCCCAGAAAGAACUCAAACCCAGUCCCAUCUGCCCAGAAACCAGCUGUGCCCCCUGGAGCUCCUGCAGUGGUAUUCGCUACGGCAGUCCAAGCCUUCAGAUACAUUAAUGGACAGUAUGUGAAGCAAGGAAAGCUGGGUGCAGCGGUGCUGGGCACCCACACAACAAAAGAGUACAAGCUGCUGCUGUACAUGAGCCAGCAGAAACAAGUGACCACUGCCAAGAUUCAUGUCGGCUUUGUUUUUACGCUACAGCCGAAUAACUACUGCACUUUUUAUGAUGACCAGCGGCAGAACUGGUCCCUAAUGUUUGAAUCUGAGAAAGCGUCAACAGACUUUUGCAAAGAGGUGUGUUUGGCGAAAGCGAAUAGCGCCCCCUCCCUAGAUAGUGUGGUGGUUCAAGAACUGAGUCUGGGGGAGGGGCAGGCGGUGGAGAACGGAGACUCCCUAGAGGUGGGGUAUACAGGCUGGCUCCUGCAGAACCACACCUUUGGACAGGUGUUUGACUCAAGCCAGAGCAAAGACAAACUGCUACGACUGAAACUCGGAGCUGGGAAAGUGAUUAAAGGCUGGGAGGAGGGUUUGCUGGGAAUGAAGAAGACAGGCCGUCGUCUCAUGGUGAUCCCACCCAACCUGGCCUACGGAUCCAAGGGAGUUGCCAACCGAAUCCCAGCUCACAGCACACUUAUUUUCGAGACAGAGAUUCGACGGGUGAAGUUUGCCAAGGACAGUGGGUCUGAUCGGGCAAGUGCCAGCUCCAGAGACUCUGCUGCUACUUCCCCAGCUCCCUCUCCAGCCCCAAGCGUGGAGAACCUGGCCUCAGAGCUCCCAGCACAGACCACUGGCUCAGGCCCAGGCAGACCAGGAGAGCCACCGCUUCGUGCAAAGUCAAACUCCCUCAGUGAACAGUUGGCAAAUCCAGAUGCCACUAAAGCCAAGCUGAUCUCUCGCAUGGCAAAGAUGGGCCAACCCAUGUUGCCCUUUCUGACAGGGGUGGCCAGCCAACCAGAGUCCAGUGACUCUGAGCUUGAGGACACCAGUCUUUCCAGAGCGAAGGAUCGGCCUGCUGCUCCAUCUCCAGUGCAGAUCUCCUCUGCUGCCUCCAGCUCAGCACAAGUGCAUCCACAACCUCAGACAGCUCCGCCUUCUGCCUUAAUUCCUGUUUUGACUGCUGUUGCCCCACAGCCUGGGAUGCCAGGCACCACUCAUGCCUUUCAGCCUUACUCCUACACACAGAGCUCUGUGGCUCCCUCUCAGCUGCAGCCUGUUGGCCAGGUCUAUCCAGCACAAACUGUCCCAUACAUGGGCUCUAGUGAUGUGACUUCCUUCUUAAUGACUGAGGCCCGGCAGCACAACACAGAAAUUCGAUUAGCUGUUGGUAAAGUAGCAGAUAAAGUGGAUCAGUUGGCGUCAAAGAUGGAUGAUCUUCAGAGGCAGGGAAAUCUUUCAAUGGGCAUGUCUAGUUUGUCAAUGGAAACCUCCAUGAUCAUGCACAACAUUCAAAGAAUUGUCCAGGAAAAUGAAUGUUUAAAGAAGGAGGUAUUUGAGAAGAGCUCUCGCAUUGAAGAGCAAAACCAUAAGAUUGGGGAGCUCAUCAACCAGAACCAGAGGUAUGUGGAGCAGAGCAACCUGCUGCUGGAACAGAGGAAUGACUCCCUCAAGUCCUCCAGUGAACAGAACCAGGCACGACUACUGCAGGCCGAGCAAGACAAGCAUGCACUGCCUGAGGAGCUGGGCUUGGGCCAGGUGCGUCUGACCGAGGAUCUGGCUUCAUCCACGGCCCGUCUGUCUCAGCUGCAGCUGGAAGCCUCCUGUCACCAGCAGAAGGCAGUGGACCUGCAGACCAAACUCACCUCAGCUCUGCAGGACAGCGAGAACCACUGCCAGCGCAUCUCUGCCCUGGACACACAGCUGGAAGAGCUGAAGGAGGCAGCGGACAGGGCCCAGACUCAGUACCGCUCGGAGAAACAGAAGCGCAAAGAGACGGAACUGAGAGUCAGCAACAUGGAAGAGGAGCUGCAGGACCUGAAGACUGAUAAAGAGGGUCUGGAAAGUAUGCUGUCAGACAGGAAGAGGAAAUGGCAGGCUGAGCGUCAGCGGCGAGAUGAGGAGGUUGAGGAGCUUCGCAAGAGCAGUCAGCAGGAGCUGGACAACCUGCGAGCUCAGCUGCGCAAGGCCAGGACCAGCACCAAUAAUGCUGCAUCCCAGCAGUUGUCCCAGUUGCAGGCAGAACUGGAGCAGGAAUGGAAGGGGAAGUGUGAGCAGGCACUGAGUGCGGCUAAAGAGCAGCAUGGCCGAGAGAUGGCUGACCUGUCAGAGCAGAGGGACGCUCUGGAGCACAAGCUGCUCCAGCUACAGGACAAGCUGACGGCUCUGAAGCAGGCCAGAGACUCUGAGGAUCAGCGAGGGCAGACGGAGGAGCUGCAAGUCCUUCAGCAGAAAUAUACAGGCUUGGAGCAGCAGUCAGUGGCUGUUAAGCAGAAGCUGGAAAGGCGGGUGGCUGAACUGGAGAAGAGACUGGAGGAGCAGGAAAACACAGGAGACACUGCAGGAGAGGUGAAGCGUGUGAUGAACGGAGUGUUUCACUCUUUGCGAGGGGAGUUUGACCUCAGUGAAUCGUACAGUGGCCAGGCUGUGCUGGCAGUGAUUGUCAGCACCAUCAAGAAUGUGACUCUCCAGCUUCUCAACGGCACAGAAAGACCUUUACCACAGCAGAGUCAGAGGGAUGAAGAAGAAGAGGAGGAAGAAAGUGAUGUGAAAGAGACAGAGGAAAAACAUAAACAGAAUGUCCAUGUAAAUGGAGAGAAGAAAGAAGAAGAAGAAGAAGAAGAAGAAGAGGGAAAAGAGAAAGUUGAAGUGCAGAAGGUUGAAUCAGAAUCAGUGCAAGUCGGCGAUGCCCAAACGGAUCAGGAAGUCAGUCAGGAAGUAGCCAUAGAGAAGGAGACACCAGUAGCAUCGGUGUCAGUAACGCAAAGCCAGCCAGAACCUGUUGAAGCUACAGAUCCCAGUCCAGCUUCAUCCAGCGAGGUGAAACCUCCGGAGGCAAUGGCAACAGACUGGAAGGUCCAACAGGAGCAGGAAGCACAUUCAACUCCUGAAGCAUCUCCAGAGGUAAAAGACAGCAGUGAGGCUUCAGCUGUAGCAGAUGGACCUGAGGAGAGUCCAGAUUCUCAGAGGCAACAGGAGCCCAGGUCAGAGGGUGAGCCUGCAGCGAGCUUUGAGGUAGACCAAGUCAGCAUGGACGUUGCAGAUCCUCUAGGAGAAACAAACGCCAUGUCUCAUAAGGUUUCUGGGCCGCCAACUAACCCACCACCCCCACCGAACAGGCUUCAGGAUGGCACAGGCAAAGUCACCAGUCUGACCGGGGGGGUUGGUGAGGAAAAUGGAGAGGAGCCAUUUUUCCAUGUGCCAGCUCCGACCAAACCCCCCCCUCCGCCCAGCGAGGAGGAAGAGGAGGAUGAGCUGAGCUUGAAGGGGUGUCCUCCUCCAGCCCCGCUGUUUGGUGAAGAAGAUGACGAUGAUGACCUGGAUUGGCUGAGCUGAGGGGGAACUCGGGUCUUAAUUCUCAACACUACAGCGGGGUAUGUGUGAUGCUUGGUGGCCGUCUCAGCCCAGUGAAGCAGUGCACACCACCAGAGGCAGCUGUGCUGAAAAUCAGCGCCGGACGAAACCGCCGGAGCCCCCGGCCCUUCGCCUCUCUAUUGACUUGUUGACUGACAGCUACUGCUGCACUCGUCUGGAGGACGGAGUUAGAACCCCAAGCUCCAGUUUCUCUCCACAUAACAAGCCUGUAACCUAAACAGAAUCAAAACCAAUGCAAUUCUUUCACAGUUCAAUUGUGUGCUUUCUGUUGGCGACGACAGUAUCUAGCAUUUCCAGCCUAAAUGUUUUUACACAAUACUGUAGCAAAUCAUGAUGACCUUGUUGAUUCAGCAGUUUUCCUGUUGUCGUUGGUUUCAGGCAGUACCAUUACAUGUUGGUUUUUUUUUUGCUAAUUAUUAGCUUGCUGCUUUAAGUAAGAAUAUAACUUUUCCAAAAUUUUGCUAACUUGAAAUUCAAUCCAUAAAAUAAAUGACAUGGAAUCUGCA